CAAGUUUAUUACUCUUUUGUUUAUAUUUUAUUGUAUUAAAACCGGUUUGCAAUUGUGUUUUUGUCAAUUAAAUUGUUAAUUGGUGUAGUGAACUCGUUUUCACUCGGAGUGCUUGCGCUGAUAAGCUCGACCGCACCAACAAAUACAACUAUUAAACUAAAUGUGUACAAUAUGCGCCGUUAAUAAACAAUCAAUUUGUAUGUUUAUUGUUAUUUUUGUAGUAGCAGUAUAAUAAAUUCUUGCCGCAUAUAAAGCUAAAGCAAAGCACUGAGAGUUCUGCGCUCCUAUGUGUAUAGUAGCUUCAUAUCAGUUAUUGUACGCUUCGUGGGGAUUGAUUGUUUAUAAGUAAUAGUGGUGCAAAGUUCAUUGAAUUUAUACAAAUUAUAAGCGAUUAUAAAAUAUAUAUGUAUGUUUUCGUUUGUACUUAGAUUCAAGUACGUACAUAUAUACCGAUAAUCUACAAUAAGUGAGAUUAACUUAAACAUUUAACGUUCCAUUGCUAAGCUACAACUUUAUUGUGGGGCAUAAACACAUACAAAUACUAAAUAAAAUAUAGUUAAACACGCUACCAACAAAUAAUAUUUCGUAUUGUGUGAAUAACUGCGGCGCCAAGCCAUUGGUGGUAGUCAGUAUUGUUGCAGCAACCAACGUUAGAGGUUCACGAAAUUUGUAUUGGUAGUAAGCUUGCAUCUAUAAGUUUAUUUUCUGUGCUACUUUAGUGGAAGUAAAAUCAAAACAAAGAAAAAUGCCUGCUAAUACACUAGUAAAUCCAGAUUUGCAAAGAGAACGUGAUAAGGCCUCCUUUGAUACACAAGAAUUCACCUAUUGGUGGCUUGGUGGUAAGGAGAAAUAUGAGGCGAAAAAAAGACUAGAGAAACUCUUUUUGGAUGACCCCGAACUGCAGGAUGACCUUCCCAUCUCGUAUAUGUCACCGAAAGAACUGUACGAGCAUAGCGUGCGCAAAGCUGUUAUUAUUGCUAAAAAGCUACGCGAACUACGUGCUGACGGUGAGGACGAUGUGGACACUUAUACUGCACUUUUUGGCGGCGCACUUGGCUCGGCGCUCAUUAAGGAGGGCAAUCCAAUGAUGCUGCACUUUGUCAUGUUCGUACCAACGAUAAUGGGUCAAGGUACGGUCGAACAACAAAUCGAGUGGCUGACUAAAGCCUGGGAUUGUAAUAUACUUGGUACAUAUGCACAGACUGAGCUGGGUCAUGGCACGUUUUUGCGCGGUUUGGAAACACGUGCCGAAUACGAUGCGAGUACACAAGAGUUUGUUAUAAAUACGCCGACAAUUAGUGCCUACAAAUGGUGGCCGGGUGGCAUGGGUCACACUUCCAAUCAUGCCAUAGUCGUGGCACAACUCUACACCAAAGGCGUAUUUCGUGGUUUGGCGCCUUUCAUUGUGCAACUGCGUGAUUUGGAAACACAUAUGCCUAUGCCGGGCAUAGAUGUUGGUGAUAUUGGUCCAAAAAUUGGCAUGAAAUCCGUUAAUAACGGUUAUUUGGGGCUCAAGAAUGUGCGUGUGCCUUUAAAUAAUAUGCUGAUGAAGAAUCAACAAGUUUUACCCGAUGGUACUUAUGUAGCGCCAAAGAAUAGCGUACUCACCUAUGGCACCAUGAUGUUUGUGCGCGUUGCACUCAUACGCGAUCUGUCGCAGACGCUGGCGAAGGCCUCUACGAUUGCUAUGCGUUACUCAGCGGUGCGUCGUCAGAGUCCCAUAGAACCGAACAAACCGGAGCCACAAAUUAUCGAGCACACAACGCAGCAAUUGAAAGUAUUUCCACAAAUUGCCAAGGCGAUCAUUUUCAAAAUAACCGGCGAGCACAUAUGGAAUAUGUUCAACAAUGUCUCGGGCGAGUUGGAGCAAGGCAAUAUGGAUCGCUUACCGGAAAUGCAUGCGCUGUCCUGUUGUUUAAAAGCCAUCACAAGCGCAGACUCCGCGGCGGCGGUGGAAGUGUGUCGCUUGUCUUGUGGCGGUCAUGGCUAUAUGGAUUGCUCUAAUUUUCCCACAAUGUAUGGCAUGACCACAGCUGUGUGCACAUAUGAGGGCGAGAAUACCGUGCUGUUGCUGCAGACUGCGCGCUAUCUAGUCAAAGUGUAUGCGCAAGCGCUAAGCGGUGAGUCAGUAGUGCCGACAGUGCAAUAUAUUAGUGAUUAUAUAAAGAAGAGAGAAUUCGGUGAAUUCGAUUGUACGCUGGAGCAGAUCGUGCACGCUUUCCAAUUUGUGGCAGCGAACAAAGUGCGCAUUGCAUACGAACGCAUGGAGCGUCAUCGCCAGCAAGGUCAUGAACCCGAAACGGCGGCCAAUUUGGUUGGCAUUGAGCUGACGCAAGCCGCAGAUCUGCAUGGCCGCGCUUUUCUCGCACAAACUGCGUACAGCGAGCUGAAUCAGCUCAUACGUCAAGUAUCACCCGGUUUGGGCGCUGUGCUGCAAACGAUCUUAGAAUUAUAUUUGCUGGAUGCCUGUUUAGGGCGCAUGGGUGAUGUGUUGCGCUUCAUUAACCUCACCGAUGGCGAUGUCAGCAAGUUAGAACUUCGUUUAGCGGAUUGCCUUAAACGUUUGCGUCCAAAUGCUGUUGCGCUAGUCGACAGCUUCGAUGUGCACGAUCGUGUGUUGGACUCGGCUUUGGGUGCAGCCGAUGGUCGCGUUUAUGAACGCAUUUUCGAGUCGGCCAAAAAGAAUCCAAUGAACAAGGAACCAGUUAAUAAAACAUUCCAACAGUAUUUGAAGCCUUUCAUGAAGGCGAAUUUGUAAUGGUGUUGUUGUUGUUGUUGAGUAAUGUAUGCGUCGUUUGCAUACGUUGUGUUAAAUAUUGUAUUGUAAAUAUUUUUUUUACAUUCGAAAUGAAUGGCAAUAAAUGUAUAAGCAUUAAGAGAA